AUGUCUGGAUGGAGGUACCUCAUCUGUGUCAGCACUUUGCUGACCAUUCUCCUUGAACUGACAUGCCAGGGUCCUCCUAGCCCUGCUUCAUCAAACACAAAGCUGUUGAUGAUGAGCUAUUCCAUGUGCUCCACUGUGGUUUCUCGUUGUGCCCACAUCUCUGUCACAUCUGUCCUGUUCAAUCCAUAUGCUGAACCCCAUGAAGCCAUUUUUAACUUGGAUCUGCCUUGCUUUGCCUUUAUCUCCAAUUUAACCAUGACCAUCAACAAUAAACUCCGUAUUGCAGAAGUCAAAGAGAAGGACCAGGCAAAGAAAAUCUAUGAGGAAGCCCAUCAGCAGGGAAAGACAGAUGCUCCCAUAGGCAUCAGAGACCGGGAAUCAGAGAAGUUCCACAUCUCCACCAGUGUGACAGCAGGCACAGAGAUGACUUCCUUGGCCUACGAAGAACUGCUGCAGCGGCACCAGGGCCAGUACCAGCUGGUGGUCAGCCUAGCGCCAGGACAAUUGGUAAGGAGGCUCAGUGUAGAGAUCACAGUGUCAGAAAGGACAGGCAUCACCUAUGUGAAUGUACCGCCUCUGAGGACCAGUUGCCUGCGUACCAAUGCCCACACAAGUGUAGCUGACUCGCCCCCAUCCACCAGGAUUGACAGGGGACAGACCUGUGUUCGGAUCACCUUCUGCCCGACACUGCAAGACCAGUCUGCCUUCUCCUGCUCAGGCAUCAUGGCCGACUUUGUGGUCCAGUACGAUGUGGCAAUGGAGAACGUCACUGGGGAUGUUCAGGUUUACGAUGGAUAUUUCAUUCACUACUUCGCCCCCAGAGUCCUCCCGCCUGUCGAGAAGGGCGUGGUGUUUGUUAUUGACGUGAGCGGCUCCAUGUUUGGUAUCAAGAUCAAGCAGGGGCCGGGCGCGACUAAAAAGGCCAUGAAUGUGAUCCUCAGUGGCCUGCAGGCCAACGACUACUUCAACAUCAUCUCCUUUUCUGACACAGUUAGUGUCUGGAAAGCUGGGGGUUUGAUCCAGGCCACCAACCAGAGUGUUCACAGUGCCAAGGACUACUUGAGUCACAUGGAAGGUUGGACCAACAUCAAUGCAGCUGUGCUGGCAGCUGCUUCAGUGCUAAACCAAAGCAACCAGGAACCUGGGAGGGGCCCCAAUGUGGGGAGGAUCCCUCUUAUCAUCUUCCUGACAGAUGGGGAACCCACAGCUGGUGUGAUGACCCCCAGUGUGAUCCUCUCCAACGUCUGUCAAGCGCUAGGCCACAGGGUGUCCCUUUUCAGUUUGGCCUGGGAUGAUGCUCAUUUCCCACUGCUGUGUCGCCUGUCCCUGGAGAACUGGGGCAUAGCCCCGCGCAUAUACAAGGACACUGAUGCAGCUCUACAGCUGGAGGGACUCUACAAGGAGAUCUCCAUGCCUCUGCUGGCAGAUGUGCGUCUGGACUACCUGGGUGGCUUGCUUGGGGCUUCCCCUUGGGCUAUUUUUCCCAACUACUUUGGUGGCUCAGAGCUGGUGGUGGCAGGCCAGGUGCAGCCAGGUGAGCAAGAGCUAGGCAUCCACCUGGCAGCCCGUGGCCCCAAGGAUCAGCUUCUUGUGGCAUGCCACAGCGAAGGGGCCACCAACCGCAGGCAGAAGGCCUUUGGUUGCCCAGCAGAACCAGCUCCCAAUGUGGCCCAUUUUAUCCGCCUCCUCUGGGCCUACAUCACCAUUGGAGAGCUUCUGGAGGCACACUUCCAAGCCCAUGAUACCACCACUCACCAUCUGCUGGCUGUCAAAGUCCUCAACCUGUCCCUUGAAUACAACUUUGUCACACCUCUGACUUCACUGGUCAUGGUGCAGCCCAAGGAGGACAGUGAGGAGGCCAGGAGACAGACCUUCACCACAGCUGGGCCAAGCACCAUCACACCCUCACCUAGCAGUAGACAUGGCCUAGGGACAAUCACAUCUCAGCCAACCUUAGUGCCCAAGAUCUCCCCAGAAUCAAGGCCUAUGAAACCAAAGUUCUACUUAUCCUCUACUACUACUGCCUCUACCAAGAAGAUGCACAGUUCCAAGGAGUUGAAGCCAACGGGCCAGAACCCUAGUACCUUACCGACCCCAGCACACCCAAAGCCCAAACUGCCAACCCAACAGGAUUUUAGCAUCUUGGCCCAGCCAACUCUCAGGACCAAAUCUGCUGUCCUUGUGCCCUCAAAUUCUGGUGUUCUACUGCCUCUGAAGCCCAGCAUUCCAUCACACCAGAAUUCUGGUAUCGUAUUACCCAUGAAUUCCAAGAUGCAAGUCCCACCUUUGAAUCCUGGCACCCCAGCCCAGCCCAAAGCUGGUACUAUGAAACAUGUUACUCCACUACAUUCCAAACCUGGUGCUUUAGUACACCCCCAGCCUGGGGUACAUGCAACACAGUCACCCAAAGGCCUGCCACAGCCCAGACCUGGAGGCUCCACACUUCAGAUUCCCAAACACCCACCACACACCAGACCUAGGUUUCCUUCUCCCAAGACUUCAAACAAAUUUCCACACCCCAGACCUGGGAUCCUGUUACCCAAGAAGCCUUAAAUCCCAUCACCUCUUAAACCUAGUGCCCCACCGCACCAAACUUCUACAAGCUUAUCACUUUCCAAGCUUGGGAUCCCAAUGCCCCAUAUACCCCAAAUUCCACUUCCCCCUAGAUCUACCAGACCCAGGCCUCCACCUCCUCAGAGCCUAAUCACAUUCCCAAGCACAGUCUUAAGUCCCACAGGUCCCAGCAGUACCAUGACCACCUGUGUCCUUGGAGAACCCAUCCACACCCCCUUUACUCCCACCUUGCCCACUAGAAGGCUUUGGCAUCAGCGUGAACUGAUACUGGGGCCUUAGAGCACCAGGAAAGUCCUGGGACCAAGUGGACCAGGAGUCCCAACGAUGGGUUUACUCAACAUCUCCAGGCCUACGACAGAAGGCAGCCCUCCAAACAUGCUGAUCUUGCUGCUGCCUUCCGGCACCUUCCCUGAGGCCAUCAGUCUGCUCAUUCUCCCUGAGGAGCUAGAGCUGCUCUCUGAGUCAAUGGUGAAGUUCAAGUUCGUGGAGUCCUUGAACCCACCAGCUUCCUAUAACUUUCUCACUCCUGAUGAAGAUGGUGAGUACCACAGGGAAGAGGUCAAGCCAUGA